GCCCUUCGUCCCCAAAGUCCCCAAAAAAGAAGUCGUCAAAGAAGAGGACGUCAUCCUGGAGCCGGAACUGGAGGAAGCCUUGGCCAACGCCACCGACGCCGAAAUGUGCGACAUCGCAGCCAUCCUGGGCAUGUACACCCUGAUGAGCAACAAGCAAUAUUACGACGCCAUCUGCAGCGGCAACAUCACCAACACGGAAGGCAUCAACAGUGUGGUCCAGCCGGACAAGUACAAGCCGGUCCCGGAUGAGCCCCCCAACCCCACCAAUGCCGAAGAAACCCUGGCCAAAGUCCGAAGCAACGACAAAGACCUGGAAGAGGUGAACCUGAAUAACAUCCAGGACAUCCCCAUCCAGACCCUGAAGGAGAUCUGCGAAGCAAUGAAAACGAACACCCACGUCAAGCAGCUCAGCUUAGUGGCCACCAGAAGCAACGAUCCAGUGGCCCACGCGGUGGCCGAGAUGCUGAAGGAGAACAAGAGCCUCCAGUCGCUCAACAUCGAGUCCAACUUCAUCACCAGCGCAGGGAUGAUGGAGGUCAUCAAAGCCAUGAAGGAAAACAGCACCUUGGCCGAACUGAAGGUGGACAACCAGCGCCAGCGGCUGGGUGACUCGGUGGAGAUGGAGAUGGCUGCCAUGCUGGAGAAGUGCACCUCCAUCACGCGGUUCGGGUACCACUUCACGCAGCAGGGCCCCAGGGCCCGGGCCUCCAUUGCCAUCACCAGGAACAAUGAGCUGCGACGCAAACAGAAGAAGACAUAAAUUGGGGGCUCCAUCAUCCCGGAAGCGGCUUCCAUGGCUCAGGCACCCCCCUCCCUCCUUCCCCAUGGCUACAACUCCAAAGCAGCCCAAGAGUGAUUCUGGGGCUCACGAGCCCAACUUCGUUUUUUUUUUUCCUCCCUUCAUCUCCGAGCCCCCCCUGUCCUCCGCCUUUUAAAUACCUCUGUAAAUAAAGAGAUCUGAACGAUGCUACCCCCGCUUCUUCCCUCCUCAGGGAUGUAGGGCCUUCCUUCCCAACUGGCUUCGUUUGCCGCCGCGGCGCUUGCGAUCUUCCCGAGACGGAAGCCAU